AUGGCCCCGAAAGCCGGCCGGAGCAGGCGUUGCAGAUACCUAUGCUUGGUCGCCGCAGUUGCUGUGGUCUGCAGCAGGCUAGCUUUCAUUCCAAGCCCGCAGACGCCACCCAGACCAGGCUGCCAUGCCCCGACAGCACUGGGAUGGUGGUCACUAGCGGCAGCAGCAGCCCAUGCUGAAGAGCAGCCAGAUGGUCUUCCCAAAUCCAACAAAUUGUACACCUUCGAGGAUGCUAAGGCAGUGACGGAGAAGCUGAAGGCUGCUGGGGCAGAUGCAAACCUGCUCGAUGAGCCCGUCAGCCUCCUGCCACCCGAUCUGCCAGAAGGUGAAAAAGCCGCGGACAUGGUGCAAGACAUGACAAAGGAGGCUGUGAAAUCUCUGCUCGAAGGCGAUUUAGGUAAUGUGGCGAACAUUGCUGGGAAUAUCGUCGAAGAGGGCCUAGAGGCGGUUCAGGAUGAGGAAUUUCCCUGGGACAAGGUCGGCAUCGUCUUUUUCGGGUUCGCCCUGUUAGCAAACAGUGCACAGUUUGUCUACCCGCUGCUGGAGGAAAUCUUAGAG